AUGGUGAAUUAUAUUAAAGAACAAGAAGGAUUACAAGCUAUUGUUAUUGUUUUAAAUAUUACUAAUACUAAAUUAUCAGAUAGUAUUAAAACAAUGAUAAAAAUGAUAUGUAAAAUAUUUCCAAUAUCCGAUUUUUGGGAACAUGUAUGUAUUGUAUGGACUAAAUGUUUUUGUUAUACACCAAAAAAGAAACUAGAUAAAGAAAUAGAAUCAAAGAAAGAGGGGUUUCUCCCAGCAUUUAUAGAAUUAGCUAAAGAAACAACAGGAGAUAAAAUAGUUAAAAUACCAAUGUUUUUUGUAGAUUCAUGUCCAGAUGAAGAUGAUGAUAAUAGUAGAUCCGAAGAAGAAAUUGAAAUGCUUUUAACAUGGGCAAGCAGUUUACCUUCUCUUAAUGUUGAGAGAGUUGUCAAAAAUGGAAUAGAAAAUGAAAAAGUUAUUAUUGAAGAGAAAAACGAAACUCGUGUUAUUGGUAAUGAUGGGAAUAAUGUAAAGUAUCUAACUGAAUAUAUGAGAAGAGAGAAAAGAAUAGGAUAUGAUGGCAGUGUUACAUAUAGUGACUGGGAAGUAAUAAAAACAAAAGACAAAAUCAAACCAAUUCCAAAACAAUAUAAAAAAAAAUCAAAAAAAGGAUUUUUUGAUUUACUUGCAAACGUAGGUAGUGCAGUGUUUGAACUUGUUAUGGAUGGUUUUGGAAUUAGUCAGAUUCUUGGAAUAAGCGAAGAAGAAUCAGAAGAAGAGUACUAG